CUGGGGUGACACCUGUGGCGCAACAAUGUUAGCUUAUAUCCCAUUGUUUGAGUAAUGACACCCUCUGAUAACAUGUGCUGCCAUGAAGAAAGCUGCAUUCGAGACUACGCCCACACUAAUCCAAGGAAUCCAAGAAAUCGACCACCGCUAUAAUGAGUUCGCGCAUUUUGGACACCAUCAAAGGAGAUCACCGGGAGAUCGAAUCGGUUUACAGCAGACUCAAGCAAGCCAGCGAUCCAGAGGAGCUCACGGCUUACCAGAACAAACUCACCUGGGAAAUCGCCCGGCAUGCGGUGGGGGAAGAGUUGGUGGUAAUUCCGGCGAUCGAGAAGUACGUCCGGGAUGGGAGGGACGUGGCUGACAAGGAUCUCCAUGAGCAUCGAGUGAUUAAAGAGCAAUUGAAAAGGUUCCAGGACAUGUCCAGCAGUGACUCUGACCUCCUCCCCACCGCUGAAACUCUCAUGUCCCGGGUUCUGGAAAACCACAUGGGAGAAACUACAAACGACCUGGUUAAGCUGGAGGGUGCUAUCACUCGCGACGAAAGCAAUCGUCUUUCCAGAUCGUUUAAUCGGACCAAGAUGUUUGUUCCUACCAGAGCGCACCCUAGCAUCCCGGAUCGGCCUCCGUUUGAAACAGCCUUGGGGUUGAUGACGGCGCCUGUGGACCAGCUGGUGGAUGUAUUCCGCACGUGGCCUGAAGAAGAUGUUGAUCAGAUCGAGCCGGACGAGGAAUAUGGCUACAUAAGUCCUAGGCAUUGUAAAUUACCUCCUAUAGAGUGAUUCUAUAAUUAGAUUGAUAGAUGUUUCUACAUACGAGCGAGCACAUUGCAUUAAUGUAUGAAAUUAGAC